AUGCCAUACGCAGCGUGCAAGUUCAUCGAGAUGGGUAACAUCGCUGAUGUUGCUGGAAGACUUCGUACCGGUUCAGAGCCUCAACGAGUAGUAAUGCUUGGCCUCGAUGCUGCAGGCAAGUCAACCAUUCUCUGCAGCAUGAAUUUGGGCAACAACACUGCACCUAAACCCACCAUCGGAUUCAACGUGGAUGAGGUCCACAUACCGGGAACACGGGUGUCUUUCGUAGUUUGGGACCUUGGAGGCCAGGAAUCACUUCGCGUAAUCUGGCGCCAGUACCUUCAGGGUAUUUCAGGCCUUGUCUUCGUGGUAGAUUCUGCCGACGUCAGUCGCAUAGAGGAAGCGCGGUCUUGUUUGCAUGCACUUGUUCGAGAUGCCCAUCUUGCCGGAGUCCCAAUAGCUUUGGUAGCAAACAAGCAGGAUCUUGCAGACUCUCUCUCCGUUAGUCAGGUAGAAGAACUCCUCGAUAUGGGAAGGCUUUCGCCCAUUCGAAAUCCUUACAUCGUAAGACCAACGAUUGCAUUGAGUGGCGUGGGAGUCACACAGCUCUUCGUUGACUUUGCCAAGUUGGUGAGGCUACAGGAGAAGCGCUGGGCUGCAUACAAUCGUCGCAACUCCGCAGCAAGCUCCGCCUCCGAUGAUUCCCUCAUUCGUCGAAGUUGGAAAGCUCGCUUCUCAGCACGCGUUCCGCAUAUAUUUCGACGCAGUGGUGAGACUCCGGUGUGA